AUGCCGCAUUGCCACACUGCCUUCCCAGACCUGUACGUCAAUGACGGCCAACUGGACCCGGAGACCAUCGGUCUUCUCGAACCAACAUGUCCACAUACAACCUCCAUGCGAGGAGCACAGACGCAGGUGAUCCAUGCAUCAACCUUGAACAACGACGAGAACGGCAUUAUUCGUCUCGGAAGAGAUCUGCGGUGA